AUGCAGAUUGAGGUGAUCUUCCUUAACGGUCAGGCUGCUUCAGUUUCGGUAGAUGAGGGUGCAUCCGUGGGAGACUUGAAACGUCGUGCUCAGGAUGAGCUUCGUCGUGGCAUUGCUCACUUCAUCCACACUGAUGGCACGCUGCUGGAUGAUUCGGCCACUUUGGCAGAUGUUGGUCUGAGUGACGGUGACACGGUCACGGCCACUUUUGGGCGCGCCAACAUCGUGCAAGCCUCCGCCAGCGCUUUCACCUCGCUACAGAGCGAUGGCACUGUGCGGACAUGGGGAGACUUUUCCUACGGCAGAAGCCAUGGGACCCUGAAGGGCGUUCAACAAAUCGCGGCGUCAGCAAGCGCCUUUGCCGCAAUUCGUGUGGAUGGUACUGUGGUAGCCUGGGGUCAUCCCUUUGGUGGUGGCAGCCUUCCACCGAGAGCACAGCAGCAGCUGCUCAAUGUUUUCCAAACAACCGGAACACAAGCUCCCAUGGAUAACCCCGAUGACGAAGAUUAUUGGCCUGAAGAGCAAGCGUGUCUGGGUUUUGGUGAGGGCCCGACCUAUCUCGAUCUGCAAGCCGAGGAUAGAAACAAGGUCAGCGUCAGCAACACCAACGGCGCACCCACAUCUUUCUUCUUCGACCAGGCCUUUGAGGCCUCGGCUACCCAGGAAGAGGUCUGCGAUUAUGUCAGCGAGCAAGUGCUCCCACACGCUAUCAACGGAGAGCACAUCUGCAUAUUGGCAUACGGCCAGACGGGAAGUGGUAAGACGUACACCAUGUUCGGUGAUUUUGCCCCUGGACCAUCUCCGCGAGACAAUGCGGGGGCCAACCAGAACCAGGGGGUGGCCUUCCGUGCCAUGAGCAAACUCGCAGAGAUGAUGCGGUCAAAGGGGCUGGAUGCUUCAAGCGCUCCCACCGUUGAGCUGAGCUUUCUGGAGGUGUACAACGACAACCUGUACGACCUGCUCGACGGGUCACGCCAG